CGCCAGGGAAGGUCAGUGUAUACCUAUACAGCCUGAUUUUCAAUAGACAUCCGGCGCGAAGAGGCGGUCUUGCCUUAACUCGGUUUUAUAAAUAAAAAUUAAAAAAUAAACAAGUGAACAAAAAGUGAAUCUAAAAGUGACAGUAAUGAAUAAACUAAACACAACAUAUAAAACAAAAUGCUGUGAAUGUAAAAAAGUCAUUUUAAUGUAAAAAGUGUUAAGUGUUGAAAUAAAAAAAAAUGGGCGACGUGGAAGCUCAAGUACAGUCAGCAACAAAAACAAAUGAAAAGUCGCGUGUGAACUUAUUCCUUCGCACAAUAUUCCAUGUGGUGUUUUGGGUGUGGUUUGUGGGAGUUUCGUCGUUCGGAUGUGUUAUUUGGUUUACAAUAACCGAUGAACAGUUACAGCAUCCGAUAUUGAAGGAUCUGAAGAUUUUGACACCGUUUUUCUUCACGAAUUGGAAUUUGACGUUCCAGACAAUUUUCCUGGGUCUAUCCCUGGUAAAUGAUGUGCUGGAAUGGCUGGACAAGCAGAGCAGCUCACUCGGCACAAAGAUCAAGUACUGGAGGGAUGUGAUAUUCUGCGGGAUGGUGUUACCUUUUACUAUGUUCGUAUCUGGAAUGUUCUGGACGGUGUAUGCCAUCGACCGCGAGCUGGUCUUCCCGAAGAUCUACGACUCCGUGGUGCCCUGGUGGUUCAACCAUUGCGUGCACACCAACAUCAUGGUGGUGCUGCUGGUGGAGACGCUGCUGCAAGCGAGGAGACACCCCACUAACCGGAGGCUGGAGAUGAUUCUGUUCUGGAGUGUCGCGUUGUCAUAUGCCGUUGUGUAUUACACCAUCUAUUUCGUGACCGACCGCUGGUUGUACCAAGUGUUCGGCGUGAUGAACUGGUGGCAGGUGUGCUUGUACCAGCUCUUUAUUUGGGCCAUCACCUACGUUUUCUACAUCAUACAAUUCCCCAUCAACAGACUCGUUCAUGGGGCCGAACCUACCAUAGACAAUAAUGAAGAAAAAGAUCCAGUUGAUGACAAAGUACAUGAUAACGGAAGAUCAUUGAACCCUGAAGAGAAUGGGAAAGUUGCAGCGGAUGGUUUGCCAGGGGAUUCGUGGAGUUUGAAGUUUAGGAGUAUAAAAAAUAAUACCGAAAAUUCCCGUUUGUGAUUGUUAUUGGGAAUUAGGGAUGUGGCGGCUUAUCGCUGAUCUCUGUCUGUAAUCUAUCGUUAUGUGAGCAACGGUGUUAUCAACUCAAUGUUAUAUGAGACAAAACAAGACAAAAAUUGAAAAUUUUGAAAUACCCCCCGAAGGUCAUGCAGAAAGAAAACAAAUGUUAAACUACAGAGGGGUUAAAAAGUUGAAAAAGUGUCUAAAACUAUCAUAUCGGCCAUUUUUCAAGAAAUACAUUUAUAUUUGAAAAAUGUUACUUAUAACAUAAAAUUGAAAAUUUUUAUAAACGCCCCAAGAUCAUGAAAUUAUUAAUUACACUCUCGAUAAAGUCAUCAAUAUUCUCUAUCAGUGCGCUUUCAUUUGAGACCUCACUCGAGUAUAUUUGCAUUCUGUUAUUCUUCUCCACUUUCUACCCCCAGAACUUUUAAACGGCUCAACCGAUUUUCAUCAAACAUGUCUGAGGACACUCGCACAUAAGACACCUUUCAUACAAACAAAACUUAAUUGAAAUCGCUUCAUACGUUUGGGAGCUAUGGUGCUACAGACACUGAUAGACAGACAGACUUAUUAAUUUUUAAACAAGUUAAUUAUACUUAUUAUUAGGUGUGAAAUUACUAACUAUUUAUACCAUCAUUUUUAAUUUGUUUGCUGGUAAACAGUACGCAUCGAGUAGGCUUGUACUAUAGUCAUCAUCACUAUCAGCCUAUUUCAACGCCUACUAUUAGGCCUCCUAUAGGCGAGAGGAUAUGGAGCUUAGACCUACCACGCUGCUCCAAUGCGGGUAGGCUUAGAGUUAAGGUUUCAUAAAGAUCACUACCAGAUGUUAAUGAAAAUGAUCAGGACAGAUGGCUUAACGUACUUUCCGAGGUGCGGGGUGUAACUUUUUGUGAGUGUCCUAGGCUAUAUUUUAUCCCCGAAUUCUCACAGGAACGGGAACUACGCGGGUGAAAGCGACACACAUUUUAACAGACUUUCAAAGGAGGAGGUUCUAUGUUCGGCAUAAGUAUAUUAUUACAUUAAAUUGACAUAUUUUUAAAAUGAUGAUCCUGUUUUUAGUGUAAAUACAUAAUUUUAACAAUCUACAAUAAUGUUUCUAAGCAAGUUAACGGUAGAUUACACAAGGAGAAAUGAGAUUUAAUAUUAAUUAAUAUUUUAAAUAGAGAUCUAGUGAUCAUGGUGUGUUAUAAUUAAAGUGAAAUAGAAGUCACAGUUCCUUGAGUUUUAUGAUCGAGAGCAGUGAUAGCCCAGUGGAUAUGACCUCUGCCUCCGAUUCCGGAGGGUGUGGGUUCGAAUCCUGUCCGGGGCAUGCACCUCCAACUUUUCAGUUGUGUGCAUUUUAAGAAAUUAAAUAUCACGUGUCUCAAUCGGUGAAGGAAAACAUCGUGAGGAAACCUGCAUACCAGAGAAUUAUCUUCAUUCUCUGCGUGUGUGAAGUCUGCCAAUCCGCAUUGGGCCAGCGUGGUGGACUAUUGGCCUAACCCCUCUCAUUCUGAGAGGAGACUCGAGCUCAGCAGUGAGCCGAAUAUGGGUUGAUGACGACGAGUUUUAUGAUAAUAACUAGCAGGGUUAUUAUGUAACUCGGUGUACCAUUCAAACAAUCAGUCACUACGUCGUUUUUCAUCGUAUUUUCGGUUUUGCUACCACCUAACAUUGUUUUUACAACGAAAUGACAUAAUUAUCGUCAUUUUAUGUAAAAUGGCAUUAGUAUAGUAGUGUUAGUAGCAAGUAGUAAAUUUAUUUUAACGAAAAACUGGUAUUUACGUAAUUUCGUUGCAAUGUUAGAUAAUCAUAAAAACAAAAAAUCACUACCACUUUAUGUGAAAUGGCGCAGUCAAUGUUAUUUCGGUGAAAUAACUAUGUUUAAUGUUAACAAAACAAAAAUAAGAUGAAAAAUGAUGUACCUACAGCCUUUCUUGAGGAAUACUGUUUACCAACAAAUAAAAAACGCAUGUCAUUUCAUAACUUAUUUAUUUUAGAUUAUGUAUGGUUUGUUUAUAAAAUGUUAUAUAAAAUUUAUAAACCAUAUCUAAUUGUUCUAAGCUUAUUAAUCGAAUUUAUUUUCAUUAUUUUGAGAAAAAGUUAAUUACAAUUAUUAUUAGGUGUGAAAUGACUACUGAGUUAUACCCUCAUUUUGAAUUUCUUUGUUGGCAAACAGUACUCAUUAAGAACGGCUGUUUUAUAGUGACUCAUUGUUUGAAUGGUACAUAUUUAGGCCGCAGAAGUAAACGAAGCCAAAGUUGUCAGAAAUUAGUGUACGUACAAACACAUCUUUUUUUAAAGAAUAUUUGCCAUAUCUUUUAAAUAUGACCAAUAUUUUCAUUCCCCUCCAAGUAGUCGGGAAAGACUGUAUUAGGAGUGGGUACGACAAUAGACCAACGGGGCCAGGAUCGAACCACCACUUCUCGGUAAUGAGCCCGACCUCUCUUACCGUUGAGCUAUUGAGGCUCUAAUAAGAGGCCACUACACACAGUUCUAGUUUAUAUUACGUUCUAUUACUAAUUUAAAAGUUGUCAAUUUUGUGUAAAAUCUUUAGCGAUGUCUGUUCUGUGGGUCAAUACAUAUAAAGUAAAAUCUUUACCGCCUAAACCUGAACUGAUUUGAUUUUUUUUAUCACCAAUAGAUAGCUACAUUAUCAGCGAGUAAUAUAAGCUAUAUUUUAUCCCACGGGAACCGGAACUGCGCGACUCAAACCGCGGGGUGUCUGCUGGUGCAGGUAGGUAGUAAUUAAAAGUAUAAUAGUUAUUUAAUAAGUAAGUGAUAUUUUGUACAUUUUAUAUUAAAAUAUAUUAUAAUAAUUGCAAUGUAAUAAUUAUAUGGUAUUAAUUAUUUAGAAAAUACAGAAAUUAGAGACUGA